AUGUCCACAUCCUUUCGCAAUAUCGAGGAUGUGGAGGAUAUCGACGGAAGCCAGGAGGCCCCGGUUGCUGGGCCGAGCAAUUGGUGGCGGAAACUUCGGUACGGCCGCCUCGGCUUUCAGAACGCGGAGAAUGACGAGGAGGUCAUGUCAUUGGGCGGCGAGAAGGCUGGCCCCGUGGAGAAGGCGAAGGAGGGGUCAGGUCUGAAAUGGACGCGUAAGAUCCAAGCCCCUCCCCCUUUCCUUCUCGACGACCGGAAAGGCAAACGACAAGCAACCACCUCCAGCUCGGCCUCUCCCACAUCAUCGGUCAGCUCUUCAUCCUCGUUCUCUACCGCGCCCCUCUUCGUCCCUCCUCCUUCGACAUUCACCUCGUCCGCCACCGCUACCGCAAGUGGCAACACAACAUCCUCAUUCAUCUCCGGCUCACCCGCCUCCUCGCUUCCUCUUUCCUCCGUAUCCUCAUCAUCCACAUCGUCUCCGACCCGAGCGCGAUCGUCCGGCUCGUCGGACUCGCGCACAUUCACCUCGCUAUGGUCCACCACCCGUUCCGCCUCCGCGUCCGCCACCCCCACAUACGUCCCGGGCGUCACCUUCAAUCUGACCUUGGGCGGGACGAGGGACGACGAGGCGAUAUAUGCAGUAGCUGUGGAGCUAGGACAUGGAGCUACUGCCGAAGCUCAGGCGAACGCCUAUGCUUGGGCAGGGGAGGAGGGCGAACAAGGCGAUCUCAGGCGGGAGGUAUGGAGAGGAAAGAGACAGGUACUAGAUACUGGACCGGGGUACCAGCGCGUAAAGCUGCAGGUGGAUCUAGGGAGCUCAGAUAUGUGGGUCGCAGUGACGAAUUGCUCGACUUCCGAUUGUACUUCCGCACCCGCCAAGUUCGACUCGUCCCUGUCCAUCUCAUCUGGCGUUCGAGCGAACAUGACAUAUCACUCGGGCGCAGUCAGCGGGGAGAUCAUUUGGGAAGAGGUCCAGCUCGACAGAUUUGCCAUUGCCUAUCAAGCCUUCAUUGCUGGUGAUCGAGUGACCAACGAGAAUCUUGGUGGCGGCGACUUUUCGGGAGUGUUAGGCAUGGCUUUACCCGCCAACUCGAUCAUCUCGAGCCAGAUCCCCGGAACGACCUCAUCGAAUCCAGACGGCGCGACCUUCCUCGACAACCUUUUCGGUUCUGGUACAUUCGCACCCACACAGCGCGUCUUUAGUCUCGCCCUCGAGCGGCGCGAGGACGUGCGAACUCGAUCCCUUCUUACCAUUGGAUCAACGUACGACCGGUACUGCCCCGCUCCGUGCUCCCCCUCGUAUAUACCCAUCAUCGCCAAUCCGAAUCUCGGCGUCAUCGGAUAUCUACAUUGGCGCGUCCCAUUGAUGGGCGUCAUGGCCACGGAUUGGUCGGAUGGGCAGCUGGGCUCUGGGCCGACGGAGAAGACGAUCCCUCUGGGCGGAAGUCUGGUAGUGAGCAGCCGGAGUCAACCGCUAGCUGUGCUCGACUCGGGCGGGGUGGCGAUUCUCGUUGGCCACAAGCCAUACGCGGACGCCAUCUACGCUGCAUACGGGAUCAGCGCGAGUGGGGACGGAUACUACCGCAUGCCAUGCAAGACCCAACUCUCCUUCAGCUUCAACUUUGGCGGCAAGUGGUACCCUGCCCACCCGCUCGACAUGUCCUGGCCGGACCCGAGCGACCCAUCCCAAUCAACCUGUAUCGGCGCAAUCCAGUACACCCCCCUUCCCAACGACGCCGGUGACUUUGUCUUUGGCUCGUCCUUUCUCAAGAACGUCUACUCGGUCUUUUCAUACCCAGACCAAGCACGGAACUCGGGGACGUGGCAGCCUGGCGUGGCGCUAUACAGCCUCACCAACGCCUCGGUAUCUUCGCAAGACUUUUACGCCGUUCGAGCCUUGCGGCAAUCGCUUGCGCAAGUCUCAUCCCAAGGGCCCUUCAUCGGCGGCUCGUCCCCCUCCUCGCCGUCCUCGACGCCUUCAUCGUCCACAGGCGGCGGAUCCGUGGUGAAUACCACUGCGAUCGUCGCUGGAUCCGUCGUCGGUUUCUUCGUACUCGCCGCAGCAGCAUUCAGCGCCUGGUUCUUCUUCCUCAAGCGGAAAUACGGCAAUACUGGAUACCCGCUCGGCCGCUCUCGUGGUGGUGGCGGAAGAGACACGCCCGAAUCGGAACCCGCGACAACUUUUACGCGGCGUACCAAGAAGCAUCAGGAGGCGCAUCGGCAGAAAUCAAUGAUUGAGGGGUAUAGCGAUUACGAGGGGGAUAGCUGGACGGAAGGCGGUGAGAGCGUGCGGUUGGGGUAUUUGCCGGAAGUGCCUGAAGACGGGGGGAUGGAGGGGAUGCGCGGAAAGAGGGUGGGGUCGGUGGGGAGUAGCAUGGCCGCGGCGGGGAUGAUGAGGGAGAAGAGCCAUGCAGGGAGCAGUCUGAGGGACGAGGUCGGUGCGGGCGGGUCGUAUGAUGAGAAGGACGCGAUCUUCCAGACGACCGACUCGCCCGCUUCGACACCAAAAGGUCUGCCUCUGGCUGGAUCCGGAAGAGCGCGGUCUUCGUCCCGCCCCCGUCAAGCCGAUGCGUACCGGCCCGACUUAUCCAAUUUCACCUACCCACCCGUAUCACCUACCUCCCCCGGCUUCACUGCACCCCUCAUCUACUCUCAGCCCCUCGCAGCACCCAUCUCGCCCGCAGUUGGCGAGCCCCGUUCCGGCUCUGGCUCUUCAGGUCGCCGAGCACCCACGCGCGGCUCGUCCUCCCUGUCCAUGUCGGGUCCGUUCCCGUCUGCGACGAGACACGGUCUAGGGGAUCUGGACACGAGUCCGAUGUAUGAGAUUCGGUCGGCGGAUUACUUUGAUGUAGGCGAGGCGAGGGGGAGGAAGGGGAGUGUUGCGGCUGGUGGGGCUGGGAUUGGGGAUAAGGAGCGAAGGCAGGGGAGUGGGAGUGGCAGUCGGGACGGGCUCGGAGCGUAA